UUCAUCAACAGCAUUUGGGUCAGAACCUCACACCUCUCAUUAUGAUUAUUCUUGGUGCUUUCUUAACUUUUCUACUUGUGCCCGUGGCGCUGAGCCAGAAGUCCAAAUGCGCGCCUACGUGUAGCGGCGUGACCGAGUCCGGCACUCUGGUGCCAGACCCCAGCAACUGCCUCGGCUACUACACCUGCGUGGACGUCUUCGGAGACGGUAAUUUUGUGCUCUCGUCCCGAGAAGUGUGCCCAGACGGCUACUUCUUCAACACCUUCCAGACUCCCGCCCGCUGUUCCCUCAUCUCCGACGCUCAUGUCGAUUACUGCACGGGCUUCUGCAACCCCUGCGAGAUUCAGUGCUCUGUAGCUGGCACCCUGAGACCUGACCCAUAUGAUUGCAGGGCCUAUUACCUUUGUUUGAGCGGCGGAGGACAUCAGAAAUUCGAAUGCCCCGGAGGUUCAGAUGGGGCCUAUUUCGACUUCGAGGCUGAAACUUGCGUCGAUUAUAAUGAUAAAUGUUACCAAUUCUGCGACAAAUGUGAGACUUAUUGUGUCAAGCCGGGUAAUAUUGUUGAUCCAUAUAACUGUCAAGGCUUCUAUGUGUGUGAUCCACCCUCCAUGACCCACUUCGAUUGUCCCAAUGACGGCUAUUUCGAUGCUGACACCCAGUUAUGUUCAGAAGUAAAAGUUAAUUCUACCUGUACCUCAAUUUGCCAUGAAUGAAAUCCUGAUACUUAAAAGAA